AUGAAGCAGUGUGAAUCGAUCAUUGAUUAUUUUGGUCGAGUAAUGAUGGUUGCAAACGACAUGAGGAAUUUUGGAGAAGAUGUGGAUGAUGUCAAAAUCAUUGAGAAGAUUUUGAGAACCCUCACUAAUAAGUGGAACUUUAUUGUUUGUUCCAUUGAGGAAGCCAAGGACAUAGAUCAACUAUUCGUGGAUGCCUUGCAAAGUUCUCUACUUGUUCAUGAGCAAAAAUUCAAAGUAAGUGGAAAAGAUGAACAUGCUUUGAAGGAAACUCAUGAAGAGAGUUAUGGUGGAAGAGGACAUAGAAGAGCUACUUUCCGAGGAGGUCAGGGACAAGGCAGAGACAAGGGUAGCCAACCGAGGAGUAAGGAAACAGUUCAGUGUUACAAGUGUCAUAAGCUUGAACACUUCAAGUACGAUUGCCAUGUAAAUUAUGUUGGUUUGAGGAAUCAUAAGAGAUAA